CUUAUGUUCACACAUGACCAUUUAAAACCAUCCUGGUAAUCCCUUUUCUUUUCUCAGACAUCUGCACUUGAGUUGGUUAGCAGGACAGAGGGAUUACACACUUUGCUGCAGAGAAUACAAGGACUUCAACAGCAGCCAUGGUGGACGCAGCAGCAGCAGAGCAGUUCCUGGAUGCCAACCCACAGUUCGCCAAGCAGUACUACGAUCAAAACUUCCGGCCUAAGGUCAUCUCGGACCUGCUGGACAACAACCGUAAGGCGGCGUUGGACAUCAGCAAGUACCACGACAUGACAAUGGUGGACGAGAGCGAGAUCCUGUUCGACCUGGUGCGGGACAUCCAGGACAACCUGAACAUGGAGAAGUCCGUCUUCAACCUCAUGAGGCAUCUCAGCUUCAUGAUGAGGGCCGAUCGCAUGAGUCUCUUCAUGUAUCGGCAGAGGAACGGCGUGGCUGAGCUGGCUACCAGGUUAUUUAAUGUCAACAAAGAUUCAGUAUUUGAUGAAUGCCUGGUAGCACCUGACAGUGAAAUCGUGUACCCGCUGGACAUGGGCAUCGUGGGCCACGUGGCGACCAGCAAGAAGAUGGUCAACAUUCCUGAUGUGACGCAGAGCGCUCAUUUCAGUAACUUUGUUGAUGAGCUGACCGAGUACGAGACCAAGAACGUUCUCGCCAUCCCCAUCAUGAACGGUAAAGACAUGGUGGCUGUCAUGAUGGCUAUCAACAAGCUGGAUGGACCGAGCUUCACCGCCAAGGACGAGGAGACCCUGAACAAAUACUUGAACUUUGCUAACCUGAUCCUGAGAGUUUUCCACCUGAGCUACCUGCACAACUGUGAGACCAGGAGGGGGCAGGUGCUGCUGUGGUCGGCCAGCAAAGUGUUUGAGGAGCUGACGGACAUAGAGAGGCAAUUCCACAAGGCCUUGUACACAGUCAGAGCUUUCCUCAACUGCGACCGUUACUCCGUGGGUCUCCUGGACAUGACUAAGACCAAGGAGUUCUUUGACUUGUGGCCCGUUCUGAUGGGAGAAGUUCCACCUUAUGAUGGACCCAAAACUCCUGAUGGCAGGGAAAUUAUCUUCUACAAAGUGAUUGACUACAUCCUCCACGGCAAAGAGGACAUUAAAGUCAUACCGAACCCUCCGGCGGAUCACUGGGCCCUGAUUAGCGGUUUACCCACCUAUGUAGCAGAGACCAGUCUGAUUUGUAACAUCAUGAAUGCAGCUGAGGAUGAAUUCUUUCAGUUCCAGACGGAGCCUCUGGAUGAGUCUGGCUGGACCAUUAAGAACGUCCUGUCUAUGCCAAUCGUCAACAAGAAAGAAGAGAUAGUGGGUGUGGCCACGUUCUAUAAUAGGAAGGAUGGGAAACCCUUUGAUGAAAUGGACGAAACACUGAUGGAGUCUCUGACCCAGUUCUUGGGCUGGUCAGUGCUGAACACCGACACCUACGACAAGAUGAACAAGCUGGAGAACAGGAAGGACAUCUUCCAGGACAUGGUGAUGUACCACGUCAAGUGUCGGAAGGACGAAAUCCAGAACAUUCUGAACACCAGAGAGAGAUGGGGGAAGGAACCGGACGAGUGCGAAGAGGAGGAGCUUCAAGAGAUUCUGUCCGAGGUUUUGCCAAACUCCAAGAAAAGUCAGAUCUUCGAGUUUCAUUUUUAUGACUAUGAGCACAGUGAGCUGGACCUGGUGAAGUGUGGCAUCAAGAUGUACUAUGAACUGAAAGUGGUGGACAAGUUUCACAUUCCCAGAGAGGCCUUGGUGAGGUUCAUAUACUCUCUCAGUAAAGGCUACAGGAGGAUCACCUACCACAACUGGAGACACGGAUUCAACGUUGGACAGACCAUGUUCACUCUGCUGAUGACAGGUGAUCUGAAGCGUUACUACACAGACCUGGAGUGUAUGGCGAUGGUGACCGCCGGCCUCUGUCACGAUAUCGACCACAGAGGAACCAACAACCUCUACCAGAUGAAGUCUGGUAAUCCUCUGGCGAAGCUUCACGGCUCCUCCAUCUUGGAAAGACACCAUCUGGACUUUGGCAAGACUUUGCUGAGAGAUGAGUCGCUGAACAUUUAUCAGAAUCUGAACCGCCGUCAGCACGACCUGGUCAUCCACCUCAUGGACAUCGCCAUCAUCGCCACCGAUCUCGCUCUCUACUUCAAAAAGAGGACGAUGUUCCAGAAGAUCGUGGACCAGUCAAAGACCUACGAGAACUGGAAUGACUGGACCAAAUACAUGAUGCUGGAGACCACGCGCAAAGAGAUUGUCAUGGCCAUGAUGAUGACUGCCUGUGACUUGUCUGCCAUCGCCAAACCGUGGGAGAUCCAGAGCAAGGUGGCGCUGUCUGUAGCAGCAGAGUUCUGGGAGCAGGGAGACCUGGAGAGGACGGUCCUGGAGCAGCAGCCCAUUCCUAUGAUGGACAGAAACAAAGCAGACGACCUGCCAAAGCUGCAGUGUGGUUUCAUCGACUUUGUCUGCUCUUUUGUGUACAAGGAGUUCAGUCGUUUUCAUGUGGAGAUCACCCCCAUGCUGGAUCGCCUCCUGAACAACAGGAAGGAGUGGAACGCCCUGAAGGAGGAGCACGAAGCCAAAAUGGCUGUAAUUGAGGCAGCUAAGAAAGCCAAGGAGGAGGCAGCUCAGCAGGCCACAGCAGCCAAACAAGCGAGUGCAGCCCAGUCGCAGUCCAAAACGUGUAUUCUCAGCUAGAGAUGCUACAAUCGUACCACGGUUCUUCCUACAUGGUCAUGGUGUAGAUAUGGACCUUUCCAUUCUUCAGUGGGAUUUUUGAGAUGGCACCAGAAAAAUCCAAUUCACUGAUUGUUUUUCAACUUUUUUUCUGUUCUGCUUUCCUUCUGUGCCGCUUCUUCCUGUGCAUCUUUGAUAGUGUAUUUCUCAUCAGCUCCAUGGGUUUCGUAAAUACAUAACUGAAUAAGUGUUGCAUGUAACAAACCACUUUUUGUCUAAAAGUGAAACCAGAAAGAAACUUUUUCAGUACAUCAACAAGUCAGUGCAGCACGACAAAGUGAAUCUCUUUAAAACCUGAUUGAUUAUGUUGUUCUGGCAUUCAGGCUGGCUUCGUUUAUUAGUUUGCUCCUUUGAGAGUCAAUCAGAAGGAAAAAAAGGCUGCAACCCUGACUAAUAACAUUCCAAGUAUAUGAAUCAAAUGUCAGCGAUUGCUUUGUAUUAUUUGCACGUCUGGUGAUAUUUGCUGUGUUGACAUGUUUGUUCCAGCUUGUUUGUCUACAUGGCGUCAAAUAGCCAGAAUAAUAGCUUUGUGAUGCAAAUGCAGAUCAGAGGAAACUGAGAAUAUUUGCUUGGAAAAUAGACGCAUGCUGCGAAAAGCUUAUGUAUAUUGUUGUUCAGUCCCUGGUCGUUUCUGCUUUGCACCAUUAAUUUUAAUCCAUGACAGUGAUGCUAUUGGAUCCUUUGUAGCUUUAUGUACCACCUUACCCAUGUGACGUUUCAUGUUAAGGCUUGAAAAUACUGGAGCAGAAAACUGGCAAAAUGUUUCCGUAAACUAAUUGCUCAUAUGAAGACAUACAAAUUUCACUGCAGUUAUUGAUGAAGACAUGUGAAACUGCUUCUGAGUCACUUUGCUGAGAUUAGUAAAGAUUUAUUGCAAUUUUCAUACUGAAUAA